CGCCCCCUGCGUUCAGGACGGCGCGAAAACCCAAUUGACAAGAACUCCCUCCGAAGCCGGUGGGUCCGAUCUACGUUCGGCUUGCUUUCCCCACGGGAGCCCGGGUCCCAAGCGCUAAGCCUGGAGCGUCCGCCUCUGGGACAUCCCGCGCCCACCCGCCGCCCCCCGGGGUCCUCGCUGCCCGCGCUUUCUCAGCGCCUCUUCCCGCGUUCGACUGGGCAGAGCUGGGCCCAGCCUCCGCCACCGCUCCGAGCGGGUGGGCGUGGGGGAGUCCGAGACCGACCCCACGGCCCAGCUCCUCGCUCCUGCAGGAGCCGGCCGCCUCCAUGGCCUCCAGGCAGGCCGGGCCGGGCCGCGCAAGGUCCUAGGAACCGGGAUUCCAGGAAGCAGGGAUUAUGGUGGGGGUCUUGGCCAUGGCGGCGGCAGCUGCUCCCCCUCCGGUGAAGGACUACGAGAUUGAGGCAUGCAAAAAGCGAAGGAAAGAUGACGACAGAUCUUCCUGCGAAACAAUUACAAAAUAUUUAUCACCAAUAGGGAAAACCGGAGACAGGGUUUUCUCUCCACCAAAAUCCAGUAACAUUCUGCAUUAUUUUAGAAAGACUUCACCCACAAAGGAGAAGACUCAAUCAGCAAAAGACUGCGAGAUCAAGUCAUCUCCACCAUUGCCUGCGAACAGUGGCAAAGACUGUAAAUCACCUUUGCAAGUGUUCUCAAAUACACAGUUUCAGAAGAGAGGAAAGAGAGUUAACUUAGCUCAUCAACUAAAUAAUAUUACAACUGAAAAUGAAUCUCCAAUUGAAAUUAGCAGUGAUGAUAGUAAAGAACACUCUAGUUUAAAUAAUGAUUUUGUGGAGAGUAGUACUUCUGUUUUACUUGACAAAAAACAUGUAGAGGUACUUACAGAAAGGAUUCAAGAUAUCAAAAAGCAGUCAAGCACUAUGGCCCCCAAAAAGAGUUCUAAGAAAGUAAAUUCUAAACAAAGGACCACAAAAAAUCAUUGCAAAAAAUUGAGAAAAAGGAAGUACAGGGAUGUAAUAGACCUAUCAGAAAGUUUACCCUUGGCAGAGGAACUAAAUCUCCUUCAAAAAGAUGUUAAAGACAGUAAAUGCAGUAUGCCUUCCCUAACUAAUGAAGUGGAGAGGAUUGCAAAUGAUGCAGGCUCUGGAGCUCCUGUAACUAAAACAGCCCAGUUAACUGAUGGUAUGGUCACUGUCUCAUAUGAGGAAUUUUUAAAAAGUCACAAGGAGAAUAAAGUAGAACACACACCAGACUCUGCAAUGUCAAUUUGUACUCCUUCUGAAACUGUUGAAGACGCAGUCAAAAGUGAUUGUAUAAGUGACACAGAAACCUGUGAAAUUACCCAACCUGUACGCUUUAAGACAGUUACCGUUCUUGCACAAGUUCAUCCUAUCCCCCCAAAAAAGACAAGGAAAAUACCCUCAAUUUUCUUGAAACACAAGCAGUUAGAAAUGGAAAAUAGUCUGUCUGAUCCUGAAAAUGAACAGACAGGUCAGAAAAGAAAAUCUAAUGUUGUCAUACAGGAGGAAGAAUUAGAAUUGGCAGUGUUAGAAGCUGGAAGUUCUGAAGCUGUGAAACCAAAAUGCACUCUAGAAGAAAGGCAGCAGUUUAUGAAAGCAUUUAGGCAGCCAGUAUCAGAUGCACUUAAGAAUGGAGUCAAAAAGUCUUCUGAUAAGCAGAAAGAGCUCAAUGAAAAACCUUUAAAUGAGGAUGGAAGAGACAGUAAUUCCAAAAAAGUCAUGAGAAAUCCUAGUGUCGAAAUGGUUUCAAAUAAUGCCAGUUCACAGUCACACACUGAUAAAGGAAGUUUUCCUAAGGAGAAAAGUAAAAAGCUGAGGAAAAAGGGUAAGAAAAUGCUAGAUACUGGUGCUACUCUAGGUGAAAAUAGAGAGGGAAAUACUCAAAAGCAAGAAACAACUUUUUCCUUUAAAGAUAAACAAAAUCAAAAUAGGCUUAGAAUGAGUUUAAGACAAAAGAAAACAGAAGGUUUCAAAAGGAACACAUUAUUUAACAGUGAAAGUCUUGUUUGUGAAGGUACAGCAAAUGCUAACCCUCUAACUAUACCUUCUUUGUAUAACAAGAAGACUUCGAGAAAAACCAGCGUGCCAGUUAAGGAUAAGGUUACACAUUCUAAAGCUGAAACUGAGGACAGCUUGGUAAAUAUUUCCACACCCAAAUCAACUAGAAGAUCUGUAAGAAAUAGCAGCACGCCUACUGCAACAGUCAUUAGAAGUACUGAUUCUGAAGAUGCACAAGAUGGUAGUCCCAUAAAGGCUUCCACUCCAAAAGCACCCAACUUAUCAGAAAAGCACAGCUUAUAUACAGCAGAAUUAAUAACAGUACCCUCCGAUUCGGAGAGCCCUAUUAGAAUGAAAUUCACCAGAAUUAGUACUCCCAGAAAAUCUAAGAAAAAAUCAAAGAAAAGAUCUGAGAAAUCUGAAGCAACUGAUGGAGAUUUUACUUCUCAGACUAGAAAGGCAAGCAGAGCUUCAAAAAAUGUAUCAAAAGCAAAACAAUUGGUUGAAAAAGCAAAAGCUUUACACAUUAGUAGGUCAAAAGCUACUGAAGAAAUAGUGACACCCUUAAGGCGUUCAUCUAGACAUCAGACACUUCCCGAAAGGAAGAAAUUGUCAGAAUCAGAAGACUCUGUAAUAAUAAUAGAUUCAAGUCCUACUUCUUUAAAGCAUACAGAGAAAAAUCAGAAGAAACUUCAGUGUCUGAAUGAUGUACUAGGAAAAAAACUUAAGACUCCUAAAAAUGUACCAGGAAAAAUGAAAAUUGCUCCUUUAUUUCUUACCAGAAAGGCUCAAAAAACAGCUGAUCCUAUCCUUGGUUUUGAUGAAAGCAGUCAAGGUACAUCUGAAAAGUCUCAGGAUUGUGGUGUGCAGUUUAAAGCGAAGCGUGACUUUCUAAUGAGUGGUUUGCCAGAUUUGUUGAAACGAAAAAUUGCGAAGAAAGCUGCCGCGUUAGAUGUGUACAAUGCAGUGAGUGCCAGUUUCCAGCGAGUCGUCCAUGUCCAACAAAAAGAUAACGGAUGCCAUUUGUGGCAUUUGAAACCACCCACUUGUCCUCUCUUAACUAAACUUAAAGAACUGAAUACUAAAGUAAUGGAUCUCUCAAAAUGUGUUAUUGCUCUUGGUGAAUUUUCAACAUUGAAUUCAAAUCCGAAAAGUAGUAAUCCUGCUGUUGUGUUUACAGGGAGAAGGAAAGAUUUGACUGAAGAAGUAAGAAAUCUUUUGCUGGAGGAAAUUAGGUGGUCAAAUCCUGAAUUUUCUUUGAAGAAAUAUUUUCCUUUGCUUCUAAAAAAGCGAACUGAGCACCAGGUACUUUCUGAGUGUCGUUGUAAACAAGAAAGUCCACAACUAGAGCCCUGUGUCAAUCAAAAAGAGACCAAAAGGAAAAGAGUGGAAACGGAGAAUCAUAAGUCAAAAAGAAAGAAACCAAAUGAGUAUUCAGAAAGUCCAAAAAAGAUACGUGGGAAACCAGAAGAACUUGACAAAAGAAACAUCUCCACUGGGAUAAAGCUAGACUCUUCCAAAGGUCCGUCAUCUAAAACACCCAGGAAGAAACAAACAUGUAAAGUGGAAACAGAAGCAGUAGAAGAUUCUGAUAUUCUGAUAAUAGAUGAUGACAAAGAGUCUACAUCAGAAGUAUCUUCUAUUGCUGAUCUUGGAACUGAAGACAUGCUUUGGACAGAAAAGUACCAACCCCAGAACUCCGGUGAACUCAUAGGCAAUGAGCUAGCUAUAAAGAAGUUGCAUAGUUGGUUGAAAGACUGGAAAAGAAGAGCUGAAUUGGAAGAAAGACAAAAUUUGAAGGGAAAAAAAGAUGAGAAACAAGAAGAUCUGUCGGAUAGCAUAGAUUUCAAAGGCAGUUCCGACGAUGAGGAAGAGAGUUGUCUUUGCAAUACUGUUCUUAUAACUGGGCCAACAGGAGUGGGAAAGACUGCUGCCGUCUAUGCUUGUGCUCAAGAGCUCGGAUUUAAGAUAUUUGAAGUGAACGCCUCUUCUCAGCGCAGUGGCAGACAAAUUCUGUCUCAACUUAAGGAAGCUACUCAGUCCCAUCAAGUAGAUAAGCAAGGUGUAAACUCACAAAAACCGUGCUUUUUUAAUAGCUACAGCAUAGGCAAGUCACCAAAAAAAUUAAGCUCCCCUAGGAAAGUUGUGACAUCACCAAGGAAACUGCCUCCACCAUCACCACAAAGUAGUGGACCAAAGCGAGCACUUCCACCUAAAACUUUGGCAAAUUAUUUUAAAGCGUCUUCUAAGCCAAAAAAUAGUGAAGAAAUAGGAGUGCUUCUGGAAAACAAUAAAGGAAUCAAAAAUUCGUUUGAACAGAAGCAAAUUAUUCAGGCUAAACCUACAAACACAACUAAUUCAAAUGUCAAAGAAUUUGGAGCUGAGGAACCCAACAGGAAAAAUGCAACAUCUCUCAUUCUUUUUGAAGAGGUUGAUGUCAUUUUUGAAGAAGAUGCUGGGUUUUUGAAUGCAAUCAAAACAUUCAUGGCAACAACUAAAAGACCUGUAAUCCUUACUACAAGUGAUCCAACAUUUAGUUUAAUGUUUGAUGGCAGCUUUGAAGAAAUUAAUUUCAAUACUCCUUCGCUGCUGAAUGUCGCCAGCUACCUGCAGACGAUCUGCUUGACUGAAAAUUCUAGAACCGACGUGAAAGACGUCGUGACGUUGCUAACUGCCAAUGCUUGUGACGUCAGGAAAAGCAUCCUUUAUUUACAGUUCUGGAUUAGAAGUGGAGGUGGAUCUUUAGAAGAAAGGCCUUUAUCCCUUCGUCGAGGAAAUAGCAGAAAUGUACAACCUGUUUGCUCUGAAGAUGGCCCUGAUUCCAAAAAUAACACUAAAAAUACUAAAAGGAAUCCUACAGACCUUCCUAAAUGUGACACAGGCUGUGUUGAGACCUUGUUUGGCCUUAAGAACAUUUUUUCCCCUUCUGAAGACUUAUUUUCAUUUUUAAAGCAGAAAAUCAGAACAAAAGAAGAAUGGCAUAAGCUCAUCCAGCUUCUUACAGAAUUCCAAAUGCGGAAUGUCGAUUUCUUAUAUAGUAACCUUGAGUUCAUUCUACCAUUGCCUGUUGAUAUCAUUCUAGAAACAGAAAACUUAGGUGGUUCAUCAGUAAGUGUGGACACCAGUGCAGCAACAAAAAAUAUGAAGUGUCUUGCUAGGAGACAUUCUGAAGGAGAGAAGCCAUUGAAAAAGUCACAAAAAAAGAAACGUAAGAAAAAGAUGGUAAUCCUGGAUGAUAGUGACUUAUUUGACACAGGAUUGGACUUUCCUGAUGAAUUCAUUAGCCUUUCCUCUGCAUCUUCUUCCUCAAAUUCACAAGAAAGCAAAGCCAGAGAUAAAGGAAGCAAUCCACAGACAAAGAAACUAAACAAAUGUUUAGAGUCUAACACUGAAUCUGUUCCUUGUCCUCCUAAAACACCAGCAGAAAAAACAUGUUCUGCCCUGGUUUCUCACUGUUUAAAUUCUCUCACUGAGUUCAUGGAUAAUAUGUCCUUCUUAGAUGCCCUUUUAACUGACGUAAGGGAACAAAAGGACUUUGGUAAAAAUGACUUCACUUGGACAAAUGGGAAGGUUAAAAGCGGACUUUGUGAUGAGUUUAGUCUUGAGGGUAGCGAUGGAUGGACGUCUCCGAGCUCUGGAGAGUUAAAGGCAGCUGUAGAAGCGCUCAGCUUCACUAAGUGUUCUUCUGCUAUUUCAAAAGCAUUGGAAACCUCCUUGAAUUCUUGCAAGAAAUUAGGAAGAGAUCCCACGAAAGAGCUUACUUUUUGUGUUUCACAAAAGCGCAACAACGUACACUUCAGUCAGUCAGCCGCUGAUUUAGACAGUGCUUGGAAGAGGAUAGCAGUCAUCAAAGGUGUGUUUUCCAGCCGAUCUCUUCUGAACCUGGGUAAUAGACAAGCUAGUGUAAUUGAAUACUUGCCAACUCUUCGAAACAUUUGUAGGACUGAGAAGCUAAAAGAACAAGGAAAAAGUAAAAGAAGGUUCUUGCACUAUCUUGAAGGAAUUCAUCUUAACAUUUCAAAAGAGACUGUGAACACUUUGGCAGCUGGCUUCCCUUAAUGUUCCCUGUUGACAAUGCCGUGUACAGAUUAUCAUGUGGUCUUUAAGAUACAUUUUUAUAUUGAUUUUCAUGGAAGAGUUUAGUUCUCUAAGUGUACAUUUGAAACAGACUUUGUAUAUUUUUAUUAGUGUGCAAAUAUUUAAAGUGAAAAAUUUGAGUUACAAAUUGUAUUUAUGAUUGUGGUAGUAUUUUUUUAAUGGAUUUCUUGUAUUAUCUGACUUAGCUUUGUUGGACUAUUUUUGUAUGUGACUGAGCUGUUUCUAGGAGCUAGAGUUCGUUAAGAUAUUUGUAAAGAUGUUUCAAUGCUAAACUAAUCUGUAAUUUUUCCCUUUCCUGUUACCCUUAAUCCACCUCUCUCCAACAAAGUGUCGGUACUCUGUCAAGUGGUAAAUAUGAAUCACCUAGGUGAUAAUCUUUUUUUAAAUAAGUUUACACAAUCCAAAAUACAAAAUUACGUAUGUAAUACAUAAGAAAACUUCUAGAAAAGACAUUAUGCUUCAUUUUUCUAAGUAAAAUCUUCCUGAUCAGUUUUUCAGUGUGCUUCUCCAGCAUAUUUUACCAUUGAAUCAUUGAAUGUUGAUAAAGUGAAAUCAAGAUUAUAAAUUGUAGUUUUCAUAAAUCUUUUUCAGCAACCAUACAUAUGUGAUAUCUUGUAUAUUUUGCCAACUCGUCAUUUGCCUUGUACAUUUUUCUUGUAUUUUUAUAUCAUUGAUGUUUUAUUUCAUAAAGAUAUUAAUGAUGUUAAUAUAUCUAUUUUGGACAAACUGCUCUUCAUUAAAACUGUAACAAAGAAGGUUUCAACUAUAGAAUUUCUACGUAGCCAUUUCCACUUGAGGUUGUUUUUGGAGAAAGUAUGUAUUUUUAAUUACAAGAUUUUAAAAUACCACAUUUCACUUAAAAUAAUUUUUGCAAUCAGAUAAUCAAGUGAAUCUGAAAAUAGUUUCCUAUUUCAAGUGUUUAUAUUACAUAUUAAUCAGUUAUGUUAUCUGGUGAAUUACAUUUUCAACUCAAAAGGUAGGGAUCCUAGUUUUGUACAGUUAAAAGAUAGAGAUGUAUACCUGUCUAUAAAUGUGUAUGAAGAUAAGUUUUUACCUCUUAUUUGUUCAACUUACCUUUUCUUGUGCUGAUAGUAUGUUGAUUUAAUUAAAGGCUAAAGCUAAGAGGCUUUAUGCAAUAUUUAAAUAGGAGUUCUAGAAGUAAUCAUCUGGGUGAGUAUGGAUAUUGUGCAGCUUUGGCUAUAGGCUGUAUCGUCUAUGUUUCAUCCCUGUACAACAGAGAGAAUAAGAUCUGAAGCUUUUUUUAUUUUUAAUGUACAGAUUUAUUUUUUUCUACUGAAUACAAGAGUUCGGUACCUAAGCA